AUGAAUUGUAACAACAGCGAAUUUUUUCAAUUCUUAAGUUUAUGCGGUACUAAAAUUGAUGAAAAUCUUAACACCAUUGCUUGGAUCAACAAAUUUAAUAAGUUUAAUUCGUACUGCCAACAACUACCCAAAGCAGAGCUGGCCUACCAUUUUAUUAAAUGGCAACAACAUCAAAGUGGCGGUUACAGUUUACCCCAACAAAUCAACGAGGAACCGCCGGAAAAAAAGCUUAUUGUUGAAAAUAUUACCCAACCGAAAUCACUACCCGAAAAUAAUAUUGGAACAUUUACCACCUUUUCAUUUGAAAUUAACGAAGACCCAGUCGACAUAUAUCAACGUGAAAUUACCAACGAAGCAAAAUUUGAAGAGAAAAUUGAAGUGAUAAACACAUUGCCAAUCGAUAUAGACAAUUUUAUUCCAAACUACCCAGACAACCUUGAAGCUGACCCACUAAACAUGAUUGGUUUGAUUAAACAUGGUUUUGACAUUGAUGCCGAACUGCUGACUACUAACAUAAACGUACCCCAACAUCACGGAAAAGAUGUCUCAAUGGCCAAAAAAAUAUACGAUGAAGAAAAUAAAAAGAAUGAUGAAAAUUGCAAUUACACCUCGCCUAUCAGGACGUCCAACUAUUAA